CUCCCACUCUCCCACUCUCCCACUCUCUCCUCUCCUGCCCCCCUCUACUGUCCUGUAUUCUUUUCUCACCUACAUCCCCACUGACCUUUCGCAUCAUUCGCAUCCGCCCUUAUUAAUCAACACCACUCAACCACUCAUUUGCUGACAAUACUCAUUGACAUCUAUCACGACACCUCGCACCCUUUAACAACAACCAUAACGACACCACAACCAUGGCUGCAGAGAACCAGCACCUGCUGCUGUUCGACGGCGCCAACGACUGGGACGAGUUUGAACAGCGAGUCGAGCAAUCCAUUGUCGCAGAGAAACAAGACCAACAGCCUGGCGCCAUCACCCUCCCUGUCGUUGGCAUGACCUGCAUGUCCUGCGUCAACGCUAUCACCUCCGUCCUCUCAUCUGCUCCGGGUAUCAACGACGUCCAGGUCUCGCUCAAACAGCACCAGGCCGUUGUCCAAUACGAUCCUGCCCUCGUCUCACCUGCGCAAAUCAAAGAGGCCAUCGAGGACUGUGGUUUUGACGUGCCCUUCGAUACCAACACUAUCUUCGCUGCCCACCCUAACGAAGGCGCCCUCCUGGAUGUCGCCCCCCUCAAUAAUAACAACGUCCAGUAUGCCCCCUCGCCCAAGACGCCCAUCCCCUCCUCCAAAAAAAGCAUCAACAACAAUAACAACAGCUCCUCUUCGCCAGCUUUGUCUUCGUCACACCCUCUUCAAGCGUCCCAUGCGACGUUAUCAAGAGCGAUCGAUCAAUCCUCUAAUCCAUCGAUCAAAACCGCCCAACUAUCGAUUCAGGGCAUGACCUGUGCCUCCUGUGUCGCAUCGAUCGAACGGUCCCUCAAGGGUGCGCCUGGCUUGAUUUCCAUCAAGGUCGCACUCCUGGCUGAGAGGGCGACCAUCGAAUACAUCGAAGGCGAGACCACUCCCCGGGAAAUUGCAGACAAGAUUGAUGAUAUCGGGUUCGAGGCUUCACCCAUUAUUGAACGGCGCAAGGAUACAGUCGACCUCCAAAUCUUUGGCAUGACCUGUGCCAGCUGCGUCAACUCCAUCGAGGGUGAACUUCGCAAGAUGCCAGGCAUCGUCUCGGCCUCCGUUAGCUUGACCCUCCAGGCCGCCAAGGUCGAGUACGACAAUGCAGUGCUCGGGGUCCGUGAUAUUGUGGAGAGGAUCGAAGACAUGGGAUUCGACGCUCUGCUGUCGGAGCGGUCUCAUAAUGCGCAGCUCGAGUCACUGGGGCGAACCAAGGAGAUCCAGGAAUGGCGACGAGCUCUGUUUACGAGUCUCGUAUUUGCAGUGCCGGUCUUUGUUAUCUCGAUGAUCUUGCCCAUGUUCGCCUGGGGUCAGUCCAUCUACAACCUUCCGGUCGUUUUCAAUUUGGUCGUCGGCGACGUCUUGGCCUGCAUGCUGACCAUCCCCGUGCAGUUUGGAGUCGGACGUCGGUUUAUGGUCAGCGCUUACAAGUCGAUCAAGCACGGCGUGGCGACGAUGGAUGUGUUGAUCUCGUUGGGUACAUUGUCGGCAUUUGCGUUCUCAAGUUUCUCGAUGCUCUACUCCAUGUUUGACCAGGCCCACAAGGCAUCCGUAUUCUUUGACACAUCCAGCAUGUUGAUCGCCUUUGUCACCUUCGGUCGAUAUCUCGAGAAUAUGGCCAAGGGCAAGACGUCGGUUGCGCUCUCGAAGCUCAUGUGUUUGACUCCCUCGACUUGCACUAUUUAUGUUCUGGAUCCCAAGACUGGCGAACGCGUGUCGGAGAAGCAGAUCCCAUCCGAACUGGUCCAGAAGGGCGAUUUAAUCAAGGUUUUGCCCGGAGACAAGAUCCCAACGGACGGUGUCGUUGUCAGCGGACAGUCGACUGUGGACGAGAGCAUGGUCACAGGAGAGGUGGAACCGAUCACCAAGACUGUGGGAUCGAACGUCAUUGGGGGCACCGUCAAUGGAUUAGGAACAAUCGACAUGGAGGCCGUGCGAGUUGGAGCCGAGACGGCGUUGGCUCAGAUUGUGCAGCUGGUCGAGGACGCUCAGACAUCUAAGGCACCCAUUCAGGCAUAUGCGGAUAUGGUCGCGGGAUAUUUCGUUCCUGCGGUCAUCUUCUUGGCUGUUUUGACGUUCGUGGUCUGGAUGGUGGUUUCGCAUACGGUCAUGCCCGACAACUUGCCUCGGAUGUUUUCGAUGGAGCCAUCCAAGUUUGUGGCGUGCUUGAAGCUAUGCAUCUCGGUUAUCGUGGUAGCUUGCCCCUGUGCUCUUGGUCUCUCGACACCAACAGCUGUUAUGGUCGGUACCGGAGUCGGCGCUCAACAGGGUAUUCUGAUCAAGAGCGGUAUCGCCUUGGAGGCUGCACACAGGAUUACGAAGGUUGUGUUCGACAAGACCGGAACACUGACCCUUGGAAAGCUGGAAGUCGCAAGUUGGAGCGUCCAGAAGCCGAUCGCUGCCAUCCCAUCCUCAGGAACAUCAUCAAGCUCAUCCUUGGACUCUCUGACUGAGAACGAUCUGUUUACGAUCAUUGGUACCGCUGAAUCAUCGUCGGAGCAUCCUCUGGGUCGCGCUAUCGCCCAUCAUGCCCAGAGCAAAUUGAAUGUGUCGACAUUCAAUGCGACGACCAAGGACUUUGCGUCGAGCACUGGUAAAGGAAUUGAGUGCACUGUGACACUGCCUUCGCCAUCUGCGCGGGACUACCGGGUCGUGAUCGGAAAUAAGUCGUGGCUGAACGAAUGCCAGAUCCACUUGCCUGCCAGCCUGGCUGCGGACCAACAGCAUCAGGAACGCGCCGGUCGUACGACGGUCCUUGUCGCCUUGAAUGGAAUCUUUGUCGGAUUCAUCUCGCUCUCAGAUACCAUCAAGCCUGAAGCCGCCAAGACUGUCGCCAAGCUGCAGCAAAUGGGCAUCCAGGUUGCCAUGGUUACAGGAGAUCAGCCUCUGGUUGCUCAGGUGAUCGCUGCCGAGUGUGGUAUUCAGGACGUCCAUGCGGGAGUCUCCCCUAACGGCAAGACCUCGAUUGUGACCAAGAUGCAGUCUCAGGGCCACCAUGUGGCCAUGAUCGGAGACGGUAUUAAUGAUUCACCUGCGUUGGCCCAGAGUGAUCUCGGUAUUGCGCUGGUCUCGGGAACGGAUAUUGCGAUGGAGGCUGCAGAUAUGGUGCUGAUGCGUGGGGAUCUGACGGAUGUGGUCGCAGCGAUCGAUCUGUGCCGGACGAUUUUCAAGAGGAUCCGGAUGAACUUUGCAUGGGCCUGCAUCUACAACGUCUUGGGAGUCCCCGUUGCGAUGGGCGUAUUCUUGCCAUGGGGUUACCAUCUCCACCCGAUGCUUGCAGGUCUCAUGAUGGCCUUCUCGAGCGUCAGUGUCGUAUUCUCUAGUUUGAUGCUCAAGCGCUGGAAGAAGCCUCGUGUCGUAGACGAAUCCGAGUUGGAACAGGAGCGCAAGAUUCGGGAACAGUUGAUGGAGAAGAAGCAGGCCAUGAUCCGUGAGCAUUGGAAGAUGAAGUUUGGCGGAAACUCGUCCACGGGCUCGGGUGUCGCUGCAAAGGCCGGUGAGUUCUUUGGAGCUGUCGUCGGUGGCACUACAAAUGGAUAUGUACCCGUGGGAUCGAUGGACGAGAUCGAGGAGGCCGAGAUGGAACGGUUUGUGUAGCUGCGGACCAUCAAAAUUGCUGCCAAUACUACACAUAUAGAACGAUACCUUGCAUCUAUGCUCACAACAACAACAACAACAACAACAACAACAA